UUUAAAUUGCCACAUCCCGCUCUCAUUGUCUUCCUUUGUCCCAAGAAAGACUUGAAACUCUCUCUUUCUCUCUCUUUCUCUGUCUGUGAGCUCCUAUCUCUCUUCAAUGGGGGUGCUGGAGCUUGCAAGAUAGACAGACCCAGAAUUGACACAUCAAAAUUGUACUUCUUUUUGCUGAUCAGAAUCUUUGCAAAAAUGAAGAAAGAAAACAGUGUUAUGCUGAAAGAUCGGGAGCUCCCUGGUCGAUUGACUCGUGCUCGAGCUGCUGCUGCUUUGCGUGCAUCUGGACAACUGCCCCCUUUGAAAGAUCAAUCACAGCAAAAUCAAAAUCAGAAGCAGUUAUCCAGAGUCAAUUCAAAAAGACCAGUUUCUGGUAAUACAUGUGUUCAGCGAAAAAAGAGGGCUGUUCUUCAGGAUGUUACUAAUGUUUGCUGUGAAAAUUCAUACAAGGGUUGUUUCAAUUCAACUAAAAUUCAGGCUAAGAAAAGCAAGAUGGCUAAGACUGGUCAAAUUAAUGUGUCCAAAGUGGCGCCUUCUGUUACUGUGGAGCCACUACAAUUUCAAGCUGGCUCCAAAGCGAAGAGUUUACAGGAAGCAACAUUGAAAUCAGAAGAUACUAUGUGCUCAAUUAAUUUGGACAACAAAGAACUUCUACGGUUGAGUGUUAAUGACUGUAGCAAGGGCUUUAGACUGACUGAAAGUCAAAUGUCUGGAGUAUUUGCUCGUCCUUUGAUUUCUCAGAAGAAAGAUAAGAAAGGCAACCUUUCAAAACUUUUGACUGAAUUGAAGGAUCCAGAAAUCACUAAUAUAGAUGAUGAUUUUGAAGAUACUCAAUUGUGCAGUCUCUAUGCUGCUGAUAUCUAUGACAAGAUGCGUGUUGUUGAGCUUGCAAGAAGACCUUAUCCAAACUUUAUGGAGACAGUGCAGCGAGAUAUUACUCAAAGCAUGCGUGCAAUACUUGUUGAUUGGCUUGUAGAGGUUUCUGAGGAAUACAAAUUGGUUACAGACACUCUUUACCUCACUGUGUAUCUCAUAGAUUGGUUUCUCUCCAAAAAUUACAUUGAAAGACAAAGACUUCAGCUACUUGGCAUCACCUGCAUGCUAAUUGCGUCGAAGUACGAAGAAAUUAAUGCCCCUCGUAUUGAAGAUUUCUGUUUCAUCACAGACAAUACAUACACGAAAGUGGAGGUACUAAAAAUGGAGAGUCAAGUGUUAAAGUCGUCUGAAUAUCAACUAUUUGCUCCCACUAUACAAACUUUCCUCAGGAGGUUUCUUCGAGCAGCACAAGCUUCAUACGAGGCCCCCAACGUUGAAUUGGAGUACUUGGCAAAUUACCUAGCUGAACUAACCCUCAUGGACUAUAGUUUCUUGAAUUUCCUUCCCUCUAUCAUUGCUGCAUCAGCUGUGUUUCUUGCUAGGUGGACAUUGGAUCAGUCAAACCACCCAUGGAAUCCAACCCUUCAACACUAUGCUUGUUGCAAAGCAUCAGAUUUGAAAACCACAGUUCUUGCAUUACAAGACCUACAACUAAAUAUUAGUGGCUGCCCUCUAACUGCCGUUCGCACAAAAUACAGACAAGACAAGUUUAAUUGUGUAGCGGCUUUGUCUUCACCAAAACUGCUUGAAACUUUAUUCUGAAGAUAAAGAUGAUUGGCAAAGAGCCAAUGCAAGGGACUCCUUAGUCCUAAUUGAUUCACAACGAAGAAAUCCUUUUCCUAAUCUAAUCAUCCCUUGGAUAUCUUGUGUAUGUACAUUAUAUGCCAAGUUGUCUGAUAUGUACACAUCAAAUAUAUUCUGUUUCUGUAUGUACAUUAUAUAUGCUAAGUUGUUUGAGAUAGAACUAGAACUCCAAGAUGAAGCAUAUUAUGAACUCACAUGCUGUAGUGAUGGCCAUCGUUGGGUGUAACAAUGAGAUUGGUUGCCUUGCUUGCAUGUGGCCUACUAGUGAUAAAAAAUAAGUAAUUUUAGAACCAUUUCUUUGUUAAACAAUAGUAUAUGCGGGAACUUUACAAACGUAGAUCGACUUUGCUUUGCGUUUGUUUGAAGUGGAAGUACAGGCCCAAUAGGAAAGUGUGGGUUGGGCUAGCAUCUUUAUUUGUUCGAAUUUGAAGCGCAGGUCCAAUAGGAAUUUUGGAAUUUGAUUUGUGUCAACUAUAGGUGUAUCCCUCU